CUCCGCGUUCCGGCGCCUUAGUGGCGCGUUUCUCGCACCGAGUGGGGCGCUGAGUUUGGUCCGCUGAGCCGGGGAGAGUGACGGGCCAUGUCGCUGUCCCACCUGUACCGGGACGGGGAAGGCCACAUGGAUGAUGACGAGGACGAGCGGGAGAACUUUGAGAUCACCGACUGGGAUCUCCAGAAUGAAUUCAACCCCAACCGGCAGCGCCACUGGCAGACCAAGGAAGAGGCCACCUACGGAGUGUGGGCAGAGCGAGACUCGGAUGAGGAGAGGCCCAGCUUUGGAGGCAAACGGGCCCGCGAUUACUCGGCCCCUGUCAACUUCAUCAGCGCAGGGCUCAAGAAAGGGGCAGCAGAGGAGGCGGAGCUGGAGGACUCCGACGAUGAAGAGAAACCCGUGAAGCAGGAUGAAUUUCCUAAGGAUUUCGGACCAAAGAAGUUAAAAACGGGUGGCAAUUUUAAGCCCAGCCAGAAAGGUUUUGCAGGAGGAACCAAAUCUUUCAUGGAUUUCGGCAGCUGGGAAAGACACACAAAAGGAAUCGGACAGAAGCUUCUUCAGAAAAUGGGCUACGUGCCCGGAAGGGGCCUGGGGAAGAAUGCUCAAGGCAUCAUUAACCCAAUCGAAGCCAAGCAGAGGAAGGGCAAAGGUGCGGUGGGGGCGUACGGCUCGGAGCGCACCACCCAGUCCCUGCAGGACUUCCCCGUGGUCGACUCGGAAGAGGAGGCCGAGGAGGAAUUUCAGAAGGAGCUGAGCCAGUGGAGGAAAGACCCCAGCGGAAGCAAGAAGAAGCCCAAGUAUUCUUACAAGACUGUGGAAGAGCUGAAAGCCAAGGGCAGGAUUAGUAAGAAGCUCACCGCUCCCCAGAAGGAGCUUUCUCAGGUCAAGGUCAUAGACAUGACCGGCCGGGAGCAGAAGGUCUACUACAGCUACAGCCAGAUCAGCCACAAGCACGGCGUCCCGGACGACGGGCUCCCGCCGCAGGCGCAGCCGCCCCCCCUGCCGGGCAAGGAGGCCCGGGCGCCCGGCUUCGCGCUGCCCGAGCUGGAGCACAACCUGCAGCUGCUCAUCGAGCUGACGGAGCAGGAGAUCAUCCGCAACGACCGGCAGCUGCAGUACGAGCGGGACGUGGUGGUGAACUUGACGCACGAGCUGGAGAAGGCGGCGGGCGCGCUGCAGCAGGAGCAGCGGGCCAUCGCCAGCCUGAGCGAGGUGCUGGCGCUCGUGGAGGAGUGCGAGCGGCGCCUGCAGCCCGGCUGCAGUGACCCGCUCACGCUGGACGAGUGCGCCCGCGUCUUCCAGACGCUGCGGGACAAGUACUACGAGGAGUACCGGAUGUCCGACCGCGUGGACCUGGCCGUGGCCAUCGUCUACCCGCUCAUGAAGGACUACUUCAAGGAGUGGGACCCCCUCAAGGACUGCACGUACGGCAUCGAGACCAUCUCCCAGUGGAAGAGCCUCCUGGAGAACGACCAGCUGCUGUCGCACGGCGGGCAGGACCUCUCAGCGGACGCCUUCCACAGGCUGAUCUGGGAAGUCUGGAUGCCGUUUGUCCGGAGCAUCGUUGCACAGUGGCAGCCGAGGAACUGCGACCCGAUGGUGGACUUCCUGGACAGCUGGGCGCCCCUUAUCCCCGUGUGGGUGCUGGACAACAUCCUGGAGCAGCUCAUCUUCCCCAAGCUGCAGAAGGAGGUGGAGAGCUGGAACCCGCUGACGGAUACGGUGCCCAUCCACUCGUGGGUCCACCCGUGGCUGCCGCUCAUGCAGGCGCGCCUGGAGCCACUCUACUCCCCCAUCCGCAGCAAGCUGGCCAGCGCCCUGCAGAAGUGGCAUCCCAGCGACUCCUCAGCCAAGCUCAUCCUCCAGCCCUGGAAAGACGUCUUUACCCCCGGCUCCUGGGAGGCCUUCAUGGUCAAGAACAUCGUGCCCAAGCUGGGGAUGUGCCUCGGGGAGCUGGUCAUCAACCCCCACCAGCAGCACAUGGACGCCUUCUACUGGGCCAUCGACUGGGAGGGGAUGGUCUCUGUCUCCAGCCUGGUGGGCCUUCUCGAAAAGCACUUCUUCCCCAAGUGGCUGCAGGUGCUGUGCUCCUGGCUGAGCAAUAGCCCCAAUUAUGAGGAGAUCACCAAGUGGUACCUGGGCUGGAAGUCCAUGUUCUCGGACCAAGUGCUGGCGCACCCGUCCGUCAAGGACAAGUUCAACGAGGCUCUCGACAUCAUGAACAGGGCGGUGUCCUCCAAUGUCGGUGCCUACAUGCAGCCCGGCGCGCGCGAGCACAUCGCCUACCUCACGCACACCGAGCGGAGGAAGGACUUCCAGUACGAGGCCAUGCAGGAGCGGCGCGAGGCUGAGAACAUGGCCCAGCGGGGCAUCGGCGUGGCCGCCAGCGCCGUGCCCAUGAACUUCAAGGACCUCAUCGAGACCAAGGCCGAGGAGCACAACAUCGUCUUCAUGCCGGUCAUCGGGAAGCGGCACGAGGGCAAGCAGCUGUACACCUUCGGCCGCAUCGUCAUCUACAUCGACCGCGGCGUGGUGUUCGUGCAGGGCGAGAAGACCUGGGUGCCCACCUCGCUGCAGAGCCUCAUCGACAUGGCCAAGUAGGCCGUGCACCUGCUGGGGGCGCGCUGGGGAAUAAACGGCGUCUUACAUCAGAGCCAACGUCCUCCCUGCUCUAUGAGAGGGCGCCCUGCAGUCCCUACGCCACGGGCCCCUCACAGUGAGCUCAGGUCAGCGCGGGGAGGCUCCUCUGUCUUCUUCCUGAUGAUCUCCAGGUCUUCGCAGUCCUGGUAAUCUGGCUCCUCCCGAAACGCCCAAGUGUCCAUGGGGAGCUGCGUUAGCUUUUCUACAGGAAACCAGUGGAUGGAGGUGUCGUUAAAUACGUCCAUGUACCUCAGGGUCUGAGGGAACGCCAGCUCCUCCAGGCCUGUCAGAAUCUGAGCAGAAAGAUCCAAAAGUGAAACAAACUUGACAGGCCCAGUAAGCCCCACCCUCCCGAGUUAGAGUCCUGGUUUACUCAUCACUCCAAGGAAUAAGGUGCUUUUAGUACUUAGUGCAGUGAGUUGGAGUCCCCAAGGACAGUGCGUAAGUUGGAUCAGAUACCGAGAACAGAGGAAAUUAAGGGAAAACGAGGAGAUGCACUCAAACAUAGCUUUCUGGACCACAGACCCUCGCAAGCACCCACCACUACUGGUAAAGGCAGGAUUCUCCACAGUAACAGAGACAGUACAACUUCCCAGGCUGUCCACCCCAGCCCCUCCACUUAGGCAGAUACCUUUGCAACAUAUGGGUAAUGUUUAUGCAGAAUCCUUGUCAACAACCUAGAAACCAAAAUUGUUGAAAACAUGAUUAGGCAGUACGAGACCAGGUUCAUUCCCCUUACGACACAGAAAGGCAAGAUGACUUAAUUAGAGCAAGAAAUCUUUUCAAAUGGGGAUGUGCGUCAAUGCCCCCGUGACUGCCCAUCUCGUUAGGGAGAAACGACAGUGCGUGUGAAGCAGACCAAGGAUACUGUGUUAGUUGUAAGAAAUGACUUUUCCCCCAUCUAGAAAAGCCGUCUCUGCUGCCCUAAGGGAAGGGAGAAAUUAUUUGCAGAAAGACACCCUGCUUCCCAGCGUGACCCAGACUGACAUCUCGCAGCCCAGCCCUGUCCAGGGGGGACUUGAGGACCGGGUUCACCCCGGCGACCUGCUCACCUCUCCUCGAGCGCCCUGAAGCUGUUGCCGACAAUGACCACCUUGGAAAGGGCGUCCACCGACCAGUUCCUCCACAGCAGGUUGUUGUAGAGCGCCGUCCCGCAGUGCGGCAUGUAGAAGACGGUGGGCUCCCCGCACACGCUCCGCUUCCCUUCCUGGGGUCCAACACGCACGAGGUGAGCACGCGUCUUACAGCAAGGGGGGUUAACCCUAGCCAGCCUCGCUCAGCGCCGGAAGAUGAGUGCAGUGGUGUGCGGGCGUCACCCCCACGACACGGCUGCCUGCACACGUUCCCUGUCCCCACGGUUAGCACAGCUGGGAGGACGGGAGGCGGAGGGGGCGGCGACCCCAAGCACCGAGGGGAGAGACACUCCUGCGUCGCCCUGUGCGCCGUCCACGGCACGGGCGGUGCUACAGAAUUACACGAGACUGAACCCGGACGUCGGAAGCCCGGAAAACUCACGCCUGCUGAACACACGCGCCCUGCGGACACGGACGGCUCUGGACUGAGGCAGGGCCAGGGCCCUCGGGAACCGUCCCGUCACUCUCUGCAGCUCCCCAUCGUGACUCGGGCCUUUUCAAACAUUACCUUGGGGUGCAGCCACCCCCUCUAGAGAGCCUUCUUUCUGGAGGUCUCAGAUCCCCAAACUCAGCCGGGGGCUGGGCUGCAGCCUCCCACCCCUGGAAUGGGGCACCUCCCGGCAGAAGGGCUUCACGAGGUGCAGACACCAUGCCCUCUCCCCUCGUGCAGCAACACGCCCGCCACUGAGCACAGCGGGCGCACAGCCCUCAGGAGGUGCAGAGACUGCGCCCUCUCCCCCUCCUGCAGCCACAUGCCCAGCACUGAGCACAGCGGGCGCACAGCCCUCAGGAGGACCGUGCAAACCGCACACGGUGCCGUCACCUAGUCUCUCCCUCUGACAGGACCGCACAGGUCCACGUGGGAGCGACAGGCCAGUCCCGUGCGAGAGGCCCCCGAGUGCGGGGCCCCUCGCGCCCCUAACCAUAUACCUCGUUCUCCUGGAGAACCACCACGCCCAGGGCGUUGAGGACCUCGAUUUCUACUCGACUAAACAGAGGGUCGUACGCCCAGCAGUGACUCCUGGGAAUCUGCAGAGGGCGACAAGGGGCUCUGUCAGCGUGCGCACGAGACGGAGGAGGGGGACGGUAAAGGACGCACUCACCUGGCACCGCUCCAGGAGGAGGAGCAGAAACGCCAGCUGGCUUCUAGCUGUGACGCAGCUGGCGAAGUUCCCGAUGCCGUAACACACACACUUGAAGCAGCAGGUCCCUGGGACCAGGGUCUCUUCCGGGACGGAGCCAGGGGCCGAAUCUGCCUCCACCGGGGGGGCGGCGAGAUGCAGGUGUCCCAGGGCUUCCGAGAGAGGCCCCUCGGGGGCCCUCAACUGUUCCAGGUGUUUCCGGAGACACCCGGUGAUGGUUUCUGAAAGACCGGGCCCUGCACAGUCAGAGGGUAUGCUGUGACCCAGGAAUUAAACCAUCCAUGGCCUGGGGAGCAGGGCGCGGAAGCCUUCACUCCCCAAAGAAGGGGCUGCCGGCCUCCCGCCCGCCACACGAGGGGGUGUGCAGCGGCGCCCACCCCAAGCUGACAGCGGCUGGCGCCUGGGUACCCACGGCCUCAACGAAGGGAAUGCUUCAAGCAAAAGUCAGGUUCAUCCGCGGCCACGAUGUCCAUCUAAUGCUUGUGUUAACUCAUCCUAAUUUAGUAAGAGGCAACCAGUACAUGCAAUUGUGGCCUGAAAUACUACUUUUCUAAUAAAAGAAGAACUGAAAAGCAGAGCUCUCAAAAUGAUCUUAUAAAUUACCGGGAGUGAGAACAUUUAACGUGUAAAAAAGUUAAAAACAGGCUGGGCGUCUAGAGGCUAAGGAAACUACCCAGUCGUUUCACAGGGUGGUGAGUUCUCAUCUCCCUUUCUGUCAUUGGCACUGACUUCAGUAGAUCAGAUCUGUAUGCAGAACAAAACAGAAAGCAAACAGCCAUAUGUCUAUUCCCGUUAAUAAGAUACCAACGUUGACUUAUCAGCAAAGACACCUUGAAAUAAGACCCAGGCUACAGAAGGCUACAUAGAGAGCUGGCUCUCCGCAUCCAUGCUGCUCAAAGAAUCAGUGAACGCUUUCUGGACAACAACCAGAAAGUGGAUAGCAAGUUGACCACUUCCACCUCUGGAAAUAUACACUAAGAACAUUACCUUAAAUUUUGUAAAAAGCUUUUUGCAUGAAAACUUAUGUAUACUGGGACUUCCCUCGUGGUCCAGUGGUUAGGACUCUGCACGUCCACUGCAGGGGG